AUGUCCUCGCCAUCAUCCUCCGCCGGCUCCUCGGGGAGCAGCCUCAAAAAGCCCAUCGACCCCAUAACCCGCACCGCCCUGCGCUACACCCUCUCUCCGCGCGAGUACGAACUCCUCCACGCCUACCUCAUCUCCAAAGCGCCCCGACGCGUACAGAAACAAACGCCCUCCCCGCCGCGCUUUGAUAAAAUCACGAAGAGCACCUCGGAAUCCGGCGAUUACAAUGUCUCCGCGGUGCGCGCGAGUUUGCGGGUGUUUGUGGGUUUGUUGGUGGGGUUGAAGGGGCUCGAGGGGGUGAUGAGGAGGUUAGAGAAGGGAAAGGGGGAGGUCAAGGAGGUGGUGGGUGGUGUGAAGUACAAGAAUACGAGGAUCGCAGGGAGUUUUGCGUUGAUGUUGUUGGCGCAUCGGUUGUUGCAUCGGUUCUUCAUUCGCUUGAGGACGAGUCUGCUGGAGGAGUCGGCGAAGCCGUUUAGGAGGAGGAAUCCGGGCGUGACGAAGGCGUUGACGAGUCGGUAUACGCCUGCGGUUGGGGCGAGUUUGGCGGGGUUCUUUCUGGGCGUGAGUCCGGCGGAUCAGUUGCGGAUGACGAUUGCGAUAUAUGUGUUUUCGAAGGGGCUGGAGUUUGGGUAUAAUUACCUUGCGGCGGAGGGGUAUAUCUGGGGUAAAGAGAAGAAGGAUCGGCCGUGGUGGUUUGGGAGCUGGUUGAUCAUGCCGUUGGCUUGUGGGCAGUUGCUGCACGCGUUUGUGUUUGAUCGCGAGUGUUUCCCGGAGAGCUAUGGCAAGUUCAUCUUGCAGCGCAGUCCGGAGUAUAUCCAGUUUCGACCGAAGGACUACCCAUCGACGAAGGCCUGGCCUGGGACUUUUGACAUCGUGGAUGCUCUGGCUGAGCUGAGCAAGUUGCGUUGGCCGACGUUUGUCUCGCCGAUACUGUUUCCUGGGAACAAGAAUACUCUGCCCAAAGGACGAGCGAUCCAGAAGAUGACGCCUCUUUCGAGCAGCGCGCAUCCCGGGACCAAGUACACUUCUUGCGCCUUUCUCCACCCGCACGAUCCCAGUUGCGCAAGGACGUACCUCAAAUACUGGCUCGCCGCGUUCCCGCCAAUCUUGAAGUUCUUCACGCUCGUCUACGGCGGUUUCGCCCUGCUGGCGUACAAAUCUCUCCUGAAGGAUCCCUCGCCCUUCGUAAACCGUGUGUCGAAGCGCAUUCUCAAAGCUUCGAUCUUCAUCACAGGCGCCAUUGGCACAUCCUGGGGCUCGAUCUGCUUGUUCAACAAUACCCUCCCUCGCAGCAUGCUUCCAACGCAGAGAUGGUUCCUCGGAGGUAUGCUCGGUGGUCUCUGGGCUUACGUUGCAAGAAGCGAAGAAAGAGACAACUUCAUGUACAGUUUCAGACUAUCUGUCGACUCGCUUUACAAAGUGGGCAAGAAGAGACGCUGGUGGAGGGGUUUGAAGAAUGGCGAUGUACUUGUCUUUGUGAUGAGUUUGGCGGUUAUCAACUUUGUCUAUGAAGGGCGGUCGGAGGCUGUUGUUGGAGGACUCAAUCGUAAGCUGGCGAGCAUGAUGAGAGGAGAGGGAUGGGUGGACGUUUGUGCCCGGAAGAAGAGCGUUGUAGAGGAGGAGAAGAAGGAUGUAUGA